AUGAAAAAGAAAGAUGCAUCGAGAGUGCGUCGCGGCUCUCAUCCCCUGUGGAAAUGCUGCACGGCGUGUGGCGGUAUUGCUCUGAAAUGCCGCACCAUCACGCACGAGGACGUGGCACGGAGUGGAAGACUUCUUCUUUGUUUUGUGUCUGCUGCUGUGGGUGUGGGUGCGGCCGCGUCGGACUUGUCGGCACGAUGGCCGCAGCGUGUGUCUGUCGCUCUGUUCUCUCGAGAGAUAUGCUGCCACGCUUUUACGUGUGUUGCUUCGGGGACAAUGUGCCGGUGGCUGUGCGAUUGCCGGAUGGAGGGAGAGGAGCGGAAGAAAGUGCGUGAGUGCAGAGGUCAAGAGUCGCGCUGGGUGUCGCCGCGGAGGGCCUUGCCCACCCAACGCAGCACCGCUCCUGUCGGGUAUUCCAUGUCACUCCGCAGCAUCGUAUUCGACGCCGGCAGCACACAGCGAGGCAGCGGAUGCCGCCACCGCCACGAGUGCGACCGGAAGGGAACAUGUCUGCUGUUGUGUUUCGAGGGGUCACACCGUAUGGCACAGUGGCGUGCCCAAAGCCUCAUCGCGGAGUCCGCACACGACACCGGGCACUGGCCGCGGAGCGUUUGCGUCGUGGAGGACACCGCGGUGGAGUCUCUCCUCCCUGCAGGUGGAAGGACGCCUGAGUUUCUUCUUUUUCCCACCCAGGCGGAUGGCUGCGCGAUGACAACAAAAUGA